AUGGAAAAUACUACUUCAAACAGUGUUUUGUUUUCUUCUCUUUCAUGGGGUUUGCAUGAAUUUGCUGCCUCCAGCUUUGUUUCUGUUCAGUCAACACUUCUGGUUUUGUGUCUCUUUGUUUCGCUUUUUAUCGUCAAAGCAAAGGGAAGAACCAGGGGGAUUAACAAACAAAAACCUGCUCUCCCUCCUGGCCCAACUCCUUGGCCGAUUAUUGGGAACAUUCCCGAGAUUUUUAGUCGGAAAAAUAAGCCAAAUUUCCGGUGGAUUCAUGGACUUAUGAAGGAACUCAACACUGAUAUUGCUUGCAUCAAGCUCGCCAGCACUCACGUCAUUCCCGUCACUUCACCUGAGAUUGCUCGAGAAUUCUUGAGAAAAUACGAUUCCGUUUUCGCUUCGAGGCCGAUUACGAUGGCAACCGAGUAUAGUAGCCGAGGGUUCUUGACCAUAGCCGUGGUUCCACUUGGAGAUCAAUGGAGGAAAAUGAGGAAAGUGGUGGCUUCUGAGAUGGUUACCCCGGCAAGACUUCGUUGGUUACUAGGGAAGCGCAACGAAGAAGCCGAUAAUCUUGUUAGGUUCAUAUACAACCAAUGCGAGAGCAAUGGCGGCUCAUCGGCAGUCAUAGAUAUGAGGCUUGCAAUUAGGCAAUACACUGGGAAUGUUAUCAGGAAGAUGAUGUUCAACCGACGAAACUUUGGGGAAGGUCGAAAAGAUGGAGGCCCUGGACGAGAAGAAGUAGAACAUGUUGAAUCAUUAUUUACGGUGCUCAAUCACCUUUACUCUUUCGCCUUAUCAGAUUAUAUACCCUGGUUGAGACCGUUGGAUCUUGAGGGUCAUGAAAAGAUUGUAAGUGAAGCAAUGAGAAUCAUCAGCGGCUACAAUGAUCCUAUAGUUAAUGAAAGAGUGAAAGAGUGGAAAGAUGGGAAGAGGAAGGAGCCUGAAGAUUUACUUGAUGCACUCAUUUUAGCCAAGGAUGUAGAAGGAAAACCAGUGCUUUCAGUCGAAGAAAUCAAAGCUCAAUGCACUGAAAUAAUGUUUGCCACGGUGGACAAUCCCGCGAAUGCGGUUGAAUGGGCAAUGGCGGAGAUGCUGAACCGACCGGAAAUUAUCCGUAAAGCAACGGAGGAAAUAGAAAGAGUGGUCGGAAACCAGAGGUGGGUUCAAGAAUCCGAUAUUCCAAGACUCAACUACGUGAAGGCAUGUGCGAGGGAAUCACUUCGGCUUCACCCCGUUGCACCUUUCAACUUACCCCAUGUCUCGAACGCCGACUGCGUGGUUGCCGGCUACUUCAUCCCCAAAGGCAGCCAUGUUUUGCUCAGUCGAAUCGGCCUAGGCCGGAACCCCAAGGUUUGGGACAAACCGUUGGUGUUCGAACCCGAACGACACUUUAAAGACGGAGGCUCCGAUGAAGAAAUUGAUCUGACAGAGACGGAACUGAAGUUCUUAUCGUUUAGUACGGGGAGACGUGCGUGCAUGGGAGUGGCUCUUGGGAGUGCGAUGACGGUGAUGCUGUUGGCCAGGCUGGUUCAAGGGUUUUCAUGGAGGGUGCCACCGAAUGAGGCUGAAAUCGAUCUGUCAGAGUCCAAAAAUGAUCUUUUCUUGGCCAAACCUUUGCAUGCAAUGGCUACACCUCGCUUGCCUGCAUAUGAACUCUAUUCGCCCUAUUAA